CUGGGUUUAUAAUUCAAGGCCUGUCCCCAGCCAGGCAAUACGACAUUGACAACCAGCAUGUGAAGUUCUACAGUGGACGAGCUUCCAAACCAUUAUUGGCACCAUGAUUCCAUUGUUGGCAGCGUCGUUUUUUCUAAGCUCCAUGACAGGAAGAACGUUGAUGGCGGGGGCGGCCACAGAUUGUGGAUCUCAUAAGCGGGAUGUCCUUUUCAUGGUCGACAAUACAAGCAUGAACAGAUCGGAGUUCGCCCUCUUGAAACAGGCGUUGGCUGAUAUAGUUGAUACCUUCACGAUCAGCCCCGAUAACUUCCGGGUUAGUGUUACCACGUAUCCUGACGUAGUAUUCCUCCUAUGGACUUCGUACCUGAAUAACAAAUCAGAAUUAAAGCAAGGUAUUUUGAAUCUUGCCCUAAAAUCACAAAAUCCUCCCUUAUCCCCAAAGAAUGCAAUUGAUAUGGCAAGAUUUUAUGUGUUUGGAGGAGGAGAUCGAGCUGAUGCGUCUAAUGUGGUUCUUCUAUUCGCCGGCAAUGAGCUGUACGUAACGGAUGAGGAUGUUUCGAAAAGCAACGAUUUGAAAGAGGACAAGAAGGUGGAAUGGUUUUGUCUCGGAGUGAAGAAUGCGAAUGUUUCUCAGCUGAAUCAGUUUGCAAGCCUUCCAUCAUCCGAUCACGUGUUCUUCUCUGACACUUAUUCCGACCUUGGGACCCUGGUUCCGGAACUUGCACAGAUUGCAUGUGACAAGUGUAGCAUGACGCCAUGUCAGGGGAGUCAGAUCUGUGACCUAUCGACGAACACGUGCAUCGAUCAAACCCCACAGGUUACAGCCCCUAGGAAGGAGUGUCCCAUGAAUCUUUACGAGCGACAGUCUUAUCGAAUCAGUGGGUGCCCCGUCGUCAUGACAACCUUUGCGGAGUCACCUAUUGUUUGCGCUGUUCACUGCCGUUCGACUGAAGGAUGCACGAAUUUCAAUAUGGCGCGGGAAGCAGACAUCUUGAACAAUUGCCAAUUGCUGACAUGCACGGAUACAGACAUGUUGACCGAAUCUGGAGAUCAUGACUUCUACAUACCGACUUGUGUUCCAUGACGUCACAGUCCAUUAAUGUUACCAAAAUAUGGUAUUGUUUGUGUCAUUAACAGUAUAAUGGCAGGUCUAUAAAAUUAAUAUUGUUCGUCAAGUGAUUUAUUUAUCCUUCUGAGACGCUGCUAGAGAUCAAACGCUCUUGCCUGAUCUUUAUACUGCAAAAAUGUACCCUUGGUUGACCACACGAAGCAUUCGUAGCUACUCGUGUCAUUCCGGCAAGCCGGAUGGCGUCUUCUUGUAGGUCACGGAAAGAGGCGAGUAGUUACAAGUGGUCACGAAGCUGUUCAGUUACCUUUCCGUGAUCUCAAGCGUGCUCGUGCUUUAACUAUGACACUUGAAGGAAAACUGUUCUUUAGUACACUUGACACGGACAGAGCAAACGCUGUAUAUAUUUUUCCUAAUGAUGCUUUUCAAUAUGACAAACGAGUAACAACUUGUGCCAAGAUCUAUCAUGUUGCACUUACAACAGGGCGGGGUCGGCAGGUGACACUGAACCGAGAGAAUCAGUCCUACAGUUGGUUAGGUUAUAACAUUGAACCGAGAAAAUCAUUCCUACGGUCGGUUAGGUUAUAACAUUGAACCGAGAGAAUCAGUCCUACGGUCGAUUAGGUUAUAAGAUUGAACAGAGAGAAUCAGUCCUACGGUCGGUUA